CUCGUUUUACCGUCUCCAGUGCGUCAUAGCCGGUAUUCGGUCAGUGAUGGAUCAUCAAACGCGUCGGUUCUCCCGGUAAAAGCGAGUGUUCGGGAAUCUCCAUCAUCACCAUCACCAACGGCUCGGCGUAUUCACAACAUCUACACAACCAGCUGUCUCUGGAUCCAGCAGGUGAACUGAUCCUCCAUGGCGGACUCGGACCCGGCCCUGCGGUCUCCGCGUGCGGCGGCUCUGUCUCUCCAGUUCCCCUUCAGAUCCACGCUCCCGCCCGGAGAGUUACCGAGCCCGCUGCCCACCAAACGCACCCGCACGUACUCUGCGACAGUGCGAGCGAACGCCGGGCCCGUCUUUAAGGGUGCGUGUAAAGACUUCUCUCGCUCUCAGGGUCGCGGCUUCAUCAGACCGGCUCACGGCGGAGACGACAUCUUCUUUCACAUCUCAGAUAUUGAAGGCGAGUAUGUUCCAGUGGAGGGCGACGAGGUCACCUAUAAAGUCUGUCCGAUUCCACCCAAGAACGUGAAGGUGCAGGCGGUGGAGGUGACCCUCACACACCUGAAGGCCGGAGCCAAACACGAGACCUGGUCGGGUCAGAUCAUCAGCACGUAGGAAGGCAGAGCAUCAUGGGAAAAUAAAUAACGUCACAAGACUGAACGUCUGAAGGGGACGAGCCGCAAACACACACUUCAGCCAAACACACACACACACACACACUGCUUCAGGUCCUGCUGGAGUUUGUUUUUCGGUGUAAAGACUGGUCUGCAGGUGGAGAGACCAGACGGAUGGAGACAUGAUGAACGAAGAUAAUGCUACACUACUAGCUGUGUCGCUCUUAUGUUUAUUUAUAUUAGUAUUUUUGAUAAUUCUACGUUAGAUUGACGUUAAUAACGAAUCGCACUAAACUGUCAGCAAAUUUACAAGCAGAGUCAUAUUCAUCCCAAAAUCAAGUUCGAUUAUUUUAGUGUAUUUAAAAAGCCGGUCAUGUGCGGUUUUGGUAAAUAUCAUAUUUGCAAGUUGUAGCAUCUAUCAAAGCAAAACAUUUGCAUAAACCCCGCCUCCUGUAACAUACAAACAAUGAAAUGGGCGUAUCGAUUCUGAUACGGAGAGAGCAAUCAAAACAGACUUGGCCAGCCGACCAAUCAGAGCAGAGCUGGCUUAUUGAAGGGGGGGGUUUACAAAUCAUAUUCAUCCUAAAAUCAAACAAAAAUGUAUUAUGUUGAUCAUUUGAAGUAUAUAUUACAGAGCAGGUCAUUUGGGGUUUCGAUAAAUAUUGUAGUUGCAGUUUGUAACGUCACUGUUCUUCUCCCAUCACUAACGUCAACAAGAUUAAAGCAAAACAUUUGCAUAAACCCCUACCUCCCAUUACAUACAAAGGUCACACUUUAUUUUGAUGGUCCGUUUGUUGAAUUUAAGUUACAUGCCAACUAAUUCUUAUUCGAUUAAACGUAGACUGUUAGGUUAGGGUUAGUGUAAGUUGACAUGUACUUGCAAAGUUUCUUAUAGUCAGUUAAACGUCUGUUGAAGGAGCAGUGUCAGCAGAUAUUAAGCAGAUAGUCUACUAAUACUCAACUGGACCAUCAAAAUAAAGUGUUACCCAUACAAAACACGGAAAUGGGCGUUUCGUUUCUGAUACGUAAAGACCAAUCAAAACAGACUUGGCCAGCUGACCAAUCAGAGCAGAGCUGGCUUAUGGAUGGCUAAUUAUUUAUUCAAUAAAUAUCGUAUUUGUAUGAUAUCGUGUAUUAUGAUAAAUAUUGUGUAAACAGUCUUUAAAUUCGUUAAUCAAAAAAACAUUGUCUCUCGAAAGAAAGAGUCGAUUAUAAAUCACCAAAAUGAGUCGUUAUAUUUGCGAAACUAUUUCCCUGCUACUGAUGAAGUUAACUAGUGCUGACUGUUUUCAAAAUACCGCUUCACAAAGCUUCGAAGUCAGUCAUGAUUUCAGAGGCUUUAUUACAUCGUUACUAUUUGAAAAAUGUGAAAAAUUUAUAUUAUAUAUAUAUAUAAUUAAUAACAAAUAAAAUAUUAAAUAAAACCGGUAAAUUAUUUAUUUUGAAUGGGAUUCAUCAUUUGACAGCACUAAUUAUGAUGCGAUUUAUUUCAAAUCAAUGCAGACUUUUUAUUAUGCAAAAUAUCAAAUAUAUCUGAUUUGGUUUGAGGGUGAGUUGAGAGUCUGAAGCUCUGCUAUAACGCUGGAACUGAAGCAUCACAGACUAAAAUUGCACUUGAUAAACUUAAACAAACGAACAAACUAACAGAUACGAACUGCCAAACUGACUUCAUCUCCCAGAAUCCUCGGGUGUCUUUCAGGGUAAAAUGCACAACGUUUUUUAGAUGAGCUGAAUAAUAAUAACAGGCGGCUAGCAGGAGCAUUUACACACAGCAAAAGCUAAAGAUAUUUGUAUGUUUGUGGCGUUUAUUAUCAGUUCAGAGAUCCAGUACUGGUGAUACACUGUUGUGUUAUUAUGGAAGGCAAUUGGGGCCAAAAUGUAAAUGUCUGAUGUUUGUUUCCUGUUUUUUUGUUUAUAAAUAGCAACACAAUUUAUGUUCAUAUACCAGUCCCAAAAUAAACAUGAUGUCUAAAGUUUUUACGCAUAUAUUCCCAUGUACCAUUGAACCACAUAUGCAAAUAUAGUCUCAAAUUAAGCAAUUUCAUUGGCUUUUGAUAAAAUCAGGGGCCUGUACCAUGAUGGUGGCGUAACAAACUCAGGAUUAUAGAUUUAAAGACAUUUAUAUAGCAAGAUGAAAAGAGCUGGACAGAUUAAAAAUAAAAAAACAGACUGCUUUAUUAGUGUAAAGUUAGUUUGAACAGUUGAUUAUAUAUAAUUAUGGAGAGACAUUUCUAUUCGAACUUUCUCUAGUGAUUAAAACAAGCUUAUUUACAAGGCAUCUGUAUGUGUAUUAUAUUAAUUUAAACUUACAAAACUGAUUAUUGACCUAAAAUAGCUUAUGUGUAAAGGAUUCCAAGUUAUAGUGAUGAUAUAAAUCUAAAGAUUAAAUAGUCUUUGUUAAAUCUGACUUUAUUUUUACCUAUUUACUAUAUAUAUUCUAUUUUACUAUAUAUGUUAUCUUUACUAUUUAGUGACCUUAAAUUUAGAGCAAGAGAAACUGGGGGCAUUUAUUUAAACUUUGCCCACAUUUGAUUGGCAAACCUGAACAGAACCUGAAUAUAUCCAGAACAAAGCCUGAACAUAUCUAGAACAAAACCUAAACAUAUCUAGAACUAAACAUGAACAUAACCUGAACACAUCUAAAACAUAACCUGAAAUAAUCAGAACAUAACCUGAACAUAUCUAAAGCAUAACUGAAAACAACCUGAACAUAUCCAGAACACAGCCUGAACAUAUCUAAAACAUAACCUGAAAAAACAUAACCUGAACAUAUCUAAAACAUAACUGAAAACAACCAGAACAUAUCCAGAACACAGCUUGAACAGAACCUGAACAUAUCUAAAACAUAACUGAAAACAACCAGAACAUAACCUGAACAUAUCCAAAACAUAUCUAAAACAUAACCUGAAAAAACAGAACAUAACCUGAACAUAUCCAGAACACAGCCUGAACAUAAACUGAACAUAUCUAAAACAUAACCUGAAAAAAACAUAACCUGAACAUAUCUAAAACAUAACUGAAAACAACCAGAACAUAACCUGAACAUAUCCAGAACACAGCCUGAACAUAAACUGAACAUAUCUAAAACAUAACCUGAAAAAAACAUAACCAAAACAUAUAUACAACAUAACUGAAAACAACCAGAACAUAACCUGAACAUAUCCAGAACACAGCCUGAACAUAAACUGAACAUAUCUAAAACAUAACUGAAAACAACCGGAACAUAACCUGAACAUAUCCAGAACACAGCCUGAACAUAACCUGAACAUAUCUAAACAUAACCUGAAAAAAACAUAACCUGAACAUAUUUAAAACAUGACUGAAAACAACCAGAACAUAACCUGAACAUAUCCAGAACACAGCCUGUACAUAACCUGAACAUAUCUAAACAUAACCUGAAAAAAAUAGAACAUAACCUGAACAUAUCUAAAACAUAACGGAAAACAACCAGAACAUAUCCUGAACAUAUCCAGAACACAGCCUGAACAUAUCUAAAACAUAACCUGAAAAUAACCAGAACAUAACUUAAAUAUAUCCUGAACAUAUCCAGAACAUAACCUGAACAUAUAUAGAACAUAAUUUGAGCAUAUCUAGAACAUAUCCAAACCUUAACCUGCCUCAGAGGAGGAAAAAAAAUACCAAGGUAACAAAGACUGAUUAAAUUAAAAAAGCUAUCUUCAUGGUACCUAAAGCCCAAGAUUGGUGCAAACUAAACUGAACUGACUAGCCAGAUAAUCCAGCUUCAUGAUACAGGCCUAGAGUUUCAUGUAUUUUAUAUUUGACACCAAUUGCCUUUCAUACUAUGUUUGGUCACAUGAUCUGUUGCAUGUUCUUGAGUUGUGCAUCAUGAUUGAUUGUCAGAUUUCUUCAUGUUAUAUCUGAUCCUUAUGUGCCCUUGUUAAGGUGUAAAACUGAUGUGUCGAUGUUGUUUUCAGCACUUUGCAGAGCUCAGAUCACUGUGGUCGAUGUCACUUUCAUAUGAACUUGACAAACUAAUAAAAUGAAUUUAUGAUUUGCA